CAUCCGCCCUUUUGCUACCGUCAGCAGUGCUACAGGACUGUAUUGUCAAGUAGUUCUGCAUAGUAAGUGUUAACUUGCUAUUGUCACUAUGGCACGUUCAUGCAGAUGAAGUGAAGAUCGACUCAGUUUUCUGCAUUGAUGGGGACGAACAGCCAGAGUGACAUCAUGGAAACUGAAGAAGACAUUACAGAUCCUGCUAAGUUUAGCAAUGACACAGCAGCGUGCAUGGUUUCUGUGAAAGGCCUGAAGGAAAACUGGCAGAAGUGGUGCGAUGAACACCAGGAGUACCAGAAGCACAACCCCUUCAGUCAGGACAUCAGACCCAGUGUAACGGUCCCUCAGAGAGGGCACGGCGACUACGGGAGACCACUGCAGGGGUCCGUGACAGCGCAGCGGGGGAAGGAUGCUCAUACACACAUCAGCAGAGAGCUUGAGGAGCUGUGUGAUGUGAUGAGAAACAUCGGACAGCCCGGGGACAGAGAAGGAGAUGGAAGCAGCAGCGAUGGGAGAGUCGUCACUGUGGAAUUCGGGGAACUGUUUGAGCAUUAUGUGACGAUCUCUAAUAAACUAGUGGGGAUUCUUUUAAGAGCGAGGAAGCAGGGGCUGGUUGACUUUGAGGGGGAGAUGUUGUGGCAGGGGAGGGACGACCAUACUGUUAUCACUCUGUGGCAGUGAUCAGAAACAUGGGUUAAGGUUUUUAAUCCAUGUUACUUCAAUGCAGCAAACACUGUGGUAUUAGGACAGCAGGAGGACUGCACUUAUUAUUGCACUUAGUUACACGAGGCACUUGUCUUCUUAAAACAGCAUCAACUGAAUUACUAAUCAAAAAAAGUACAAAUACAUGGAGGAGGUAGUUUGUCAGCUACAAUAAGAGGAAAUCAGUUAGUGAAUAUGCAAGUUUUAAAAGCUUUUAAUAGCACUCAAAAAGGGCCAAACUAUUUGUGCCUGAAAUGCAAGUGCAUCAGACAAAUAAUUAUAAAGUACUGUUAAUAAUGGAAAUUAUGGCAGGAAAUGCAAAGCUAAAUCUUAAGCAGAAAUAAAGAGAAACAUUGGUCUCAGGUCAAAACUUAACAAUAAACAACAUACAAAAUAUAUAUAGUUAAACCCUUUAUAUGUUUUCCAGGGUGGUUUACAUGAUUUUAUUGUCUCGCCAAAUUAGGUAUUUACAAAUUCAGUGAAGGAACGACGGGAAGAGAUGUUUUCGGUUGCUGGGAUGAAUUCUAGGUGGUUAAUGAGUCUGAGGCAAAGAGAACACGAGGCUGCCUGUGACAGACAAUAUGGUGCUAUAGGAUGAACUUGAUCCCAGUUUGCCCGGGUGCUUCAGAGCAUUACGAAUGUGCGUUGUAGUUUAGGUUACCUUGUUACAGUCGGACACUUUGUUCACCUUCAUAACACUGGGAUACAGUUACUACUAUUAACAGAAGAUGUUGCUUCAAUGUAACGAGAACUACAUUAGUGAACAUCAUCUGCCAAACUGCUUCUCCCUCCCUCACUGAGAGCAAAACACUCGACUAGAUCACGACUCUUUGCUGUCCUUCACAUCUUCCUCCGCAAACUAAAGA